ACCGCCAUUAACACGCACACUUCUGAUCAGACCUGGUCUCUUUUAUAAAGUUACUACAAGACUGCUUUCUACUGGAAAACCGUUGUUUCUUCUUGACCUUACAUCACUGAGGCCGUGGUGAUGCAGAUAAUAGCUUUCCUGAAGAAGCUUGGGUGGAGAUCUUGCUGCCGUGCCUAGCUGCGUAACACAGGGAUCUCGGGAGCAGUUGAGGUGGUGAGGUAGAGAUGUUUGGUCUAACAAAGAUCUGCCUUUGUUUGGCCAGCAUAGUAGCUCCAUGUGGAGGCUGACAAAAUCUGGAGACACGUGGCAGGUUGCAGGAUAAGAGUAUUCACGGGUGCUUAAUGCCUAGCAACCUAAAAGCAUACCACGUGGGAUCAGUGUAUUUCUAUAUUGAAUUCAAGUUCUAAUUUGGAAGAAAACUCGAGUUUUAAGCUUCUGUUACUUUCUGGGCCUUUGAGCAACCAUGGUUUGAUUUGUCAUGAUGACCUGUUGUUUGCUCAUUAACUCUGGGAAUCAGCAGACUGUAUUUUGUCCUAACUUCAUGGGAUGUUAGGAUGAGACAUUUGGUGCCAGAAGAGUUGUUUGUUUUUUUUUUAAUCAUGUCCGCUGACUGUAUUUAAGAAAAAAAAAAAAAUCCAUAACUGGCCAGUUUUAAAAUCAGCCAAUUUUCUCCUGUGUUUUUUAAAGUCAGGGAGGAGGGGCUGGAAGCUGUUAGUCGUUGCGACCUACCUUUAAAUCACUGUUGAACUUUAGAUUGGCAGUGCUGACAAACCCUCUUCCUCCGAGCAGCCCUUAGCCUGCUGCUGUGUUCGUAUGAGCUGCUGUCGUCCCUAGGCAAAUUUCUUGGAACGGUUGCAUAAGUCGUCUUCCAUUUUGGCAUCCAGGAGAACUGAAGACUUUGACACCUAGCACCACAAUCCUUAUCUUGAAAGCAAGAAAAUGGUGUGACAAAGUUGUUCCUGCACACUGCUUUCAUGUUGUUCUAGAGAAGAUGUGGGAAAAGGAGUAAAAUAAGGUGUAUACAGUUGUAGCCUGAAAUACGGGCUGGCCGGUGGGUCCUGUUAGUCUGUACCCCUGGAAGAUUGCUGUCUCGCUCCUCUCUACACCACCAGUGCAUGUGUGGUCUCUGCUGGGGGUGGCUGACCUGCCACAAACCUCAAACUCGAAUCUCGGUGCUUCUGCUUUUGUUGCCCUUGAAUGCUAACAUUGAAGGGAGGGGUGGUGUUUGUUCUCCUGAUAUACGCUGUGGUAUAUCAGCAUCAACAAACUCUCUUGCAGUGGCUAUUUCAUGCCUAGGAGUUAGGCAGGUAACAGGGUCCUGUCCCCCUGGCAGCACUUUCAGAGCAGGCAGUGCUACCUGCAUCUUAAUGUAACACUGCAUUCUUAACACCCUGCGAAGGACAAACAGCAGCGUGCACUGCAGUGUUCAGAUGCUGCUUUGUCUACAAAUUUUGCUUAAUCUCUAUUUCCUCUCUUUCUGUGAGGGAGCUUUCAAAUAAACACAUGCAAAGUUCAAAAUUAUCUGGAGAAACAUAUUAGGUUCCCUUUUUGCCAUGUCUGCGAAUCCAUACCUUGCAGACCUCUCUAGGGGAGGUGUUCGUGACUCCUUUUUCCUGAAGAGCAAAGAAGAAACCCUUUUUCUUUUCCCCUGUAACCCUUCCUACCUUGGCAGGCAGUGAUGGUGAUCACCUUGCUGCAAAUUCUUACACUGCCAUGUUGGCUCUAAGAGGGUUUGCAUGAUGCUCUGAAGCUGCUCUUGGCUGUCAGGCCUUGGCACUAUGUCAGCUGAGUGAAGCUGGCCAAGUUGCCCUGUCUUUCUCAGCCAGAGGAACGUUUCCUUUGAUCUCUUGUGGAGUUGUAAAUACAAACUGCUUUCCUCUGUGCAGCAUUACAUGACUUUAUUUUCACAUAGGAAGAACAUUUUUAGAUCUUAAGUAUUUUUCUACCUAUCCCAAGAGAUUCCAAUUACUCCCUUUCAAAAAAAAAAUCAGGUUUAUUUCUAUACUGACAUUAAUAGUGGUGAAAAGUAAAAUUCAGGAAUGGAAAUUAAACUUGCAGUAUAUCUAAGCCCUGAACUAUGGGAGAAGCUGGUGUUUCACUGUGUCACUGUGGCUCUGUGAACUUGUAAAAGAUGGGUCCUGCUCCUGUUUCUGCCACUGACUACAGUUUUGCAAUUGUGGGUAAGCUGUCUAUGCCCUAAUUCCUCCAUCUAGAAAUGGAGGAUCAUGGAAAAUACACUGGAUUCUGUAGGACCCGUGGAAAAAUGCUCUCAAAACACCCAAGUUCUGCAUCAGAAGGCUCCACCAAGGGAAAGGAAAUAACUGCUACUCUUCACUAGAAGUUACGUACUUGUCUGAUUUUAAUGGCAUCUUGGUGUUUUACUUUUUCUUGUGUUGAGUUUGCUCAUACUUCACCAAACUCAAGUUCGCUCCCUGGUCUCAACAGCCCUUCCCAUUGGCCCCGUGUCCUGGGACAAGUUGUUUACGGCAACAAGGUCUAUCUCUAAGUCCUUGACAUUCACGCAAUCCAUCUCGGCAGCCUGUCAAGGCUCAUUGUGAACAUACAUCCUCAAAUCAACAGUAGACGGGGAUCAUGUCGUGUGUGUCAGGUUCUCCUCUCUCUCAGGGGCAGGAAGGGCUGAUUAGCCCUUCCGCCUGCUCCUUCUCAGCUGGCUGCGGGGGCUACUCCUGCACCAAGAGUUCUUAUUCACACACUUGUGUGUCGAGCGGUGGCUUUGACAAAGACAAGGCCAGCUUCAGCAAGCACCAAAGCAUCUUUAUUUGGUAGUCCAUUACAAACGGUAUGAAGCUUUCCAGCCUAGCCAAUGCUUUGAAGAAUUUCAGUUCCUUGUGUGAGGAUGGUAAACUCCUCCAAAUCUCUGGGAGGGGGAAGAAGUGUGGUUGCCACCUGCAAAAUUAGCAUCCUUUCUUGCAAUAAGAAUAGACGUACCCAGGCUUAGAUAGCAGCAGGUUUAGAAGAUCCCAUCUCUUGUGUACUAAAAUAAAAUCACAGCCCUCUAUUUUAACAUUGCCUUCCCUAUUCAUGUCUGCUAACACAUACUAAUGACUGUUUUUAAGGAAUGCUAACUUGAUCCUGAUGCUUCUUGUGUCUUGGGAAGUCAGGCUUGCUCAUCUUUGGGACAGGGAAGUGGUGGUCAGGAACAACAGAUUUGCCAGAUCUGCCUAGAGAGUGCAGGCCCUACAGCAUCUAGAGUUAAUCCAUUAGGAUUGUAUUCUCUCUCCCAGAGGGUCUGUUUGCAGGAAGAUUUUUUUGUUUGCUUUUUUUUUUUUCCUCUUCCCCUCCUGGGAAUAGUUACUCCAGCUCCCUGAGGCAUAGAUUUGUGGUGGCCUAUUCUAAUACAGCCUAGUAUUGUUUAUGGGGGAACUGGAGCUACGUAUGUCACCCGAAUAACUUGCAAAGCAAAGAGAAAGCGCUGAUGGAAGAGUUGCCUCUGCUGGUGGUUCUUCCAGAAGACUGAGGUGGUCUUUGUCUUUCCUGUGGAUCCCAAAAACGUUUAGAGGCAGCGCACUGACUCUCCUCCAGCUUUAGACUGUUUCUUUGAACUGAAUGUUAUGGUGAUUUGGGAAAGCGUUAUCUCUGGGAAUGCUGGGGCAUCUCCUGCUUGAAUCCUUUUUGGAGAACUUGAUGGGGCCUGCUUGGGACACCUUUGAGGCUCAAAACUGCCAUGAUGCAGUUCAUUUCCCGAUGUUAAUUGUUAGUUGUCAGUCACAUAUAACUGUCAAAGCAUUACUAGUGUCAGGCCUAAUCUAACACCUAUAAAGGUAAAAGCAGCUGGUAAUGAAAUGGUCCAGAGAAAUACAUGCACUUCUAACACAAAUAGAAAAUUCAAUUCAAGCUUGUCAGUUUUAUUUACACAGGUUCUUAAGUGUGACUCAACCUCUCAAUGAAAAUGGCAAAGUAUAACUUUCUGUGGCUGCCGUAUUAUGCUCUGUUCAAUUUUAGUUUCUCUUCUGGGAAUUCACAUAAUCACGUUUUGAGGGUUAUCUGCCUUGCUAGCUUUGCAUAGUGAAUUUGUUCUCCUUUCCUGUUGUUGAAAAAACUUUUCUGAUACUACACAGCUGUCAGCACAAUAUAGGCACAAAGAUUUUUUUUUUUUUUUUUUUUUUUUGUGGUGGUGGUGGGAGCAAUGGCAGUCAUUUAUAAAGCUUCUUUUGUUCUUCCCUAGUCAUUCACCACUGAAAAAAAAACCAAACCCUCUGCUGGGGUGGAGCAGAGCAGCAUAUUGCACUUCACUGCCAGGGGAGCACCCAGACAAAGAGAGGCCAUUGAGAACUUUCUAUAACGUACAGUCCCUACAAAGCGAGCAAAUACCCAACUCUUUGUCUCACGCAAACUCAAUAUGAAAAUAACAUAGCUCAUUUUUUCCUACCGGGGUUUGAAGCUAGCACAUCAACCUUGACGCUAUUCCUUAUACCAGUCUGCUGCAGAAAUGCAGGGUGCAAAGGAAACGGGGAAAUGCCUAUGCUGGCUUGUUUGUACAAUUACUGGAGGCUUAGCUGUACUCUUUGCUGAUGGAGAGCUUUCUGCCUGCAGGUGAUUUUCAGGAGGAGAACUAUGCCUGUAAGCCGGGAGGGACCAGUAGAUGUAUAUAUGUUAAAAAACAAAGUUAGCAGCUAGCAGGACGAGAGGGAAGAUCCCUUUCUGCUUAUUCAUGUUGUCCUUGGUGUGUCUCUCUGCUAGUUGUGGCUCUUGGUUUACUUUAGUGGAGAACAGAUUUCAGUGUGCUGCAUCUCAUCUACAGCCAGAGCACGUGAUUAUGACCUGCAACUCAACCUAGUUUGGUUUGAACUGGUAAGGCAGAGGUCCUUAAUUACUCAGUUUUGUAUGGAAGUUAAUUCAGUACUGUUGGGUUUCUUGAUUGUUGGGUUGGUUUUUUGGUGUUUGUUUUUUUUUUUUUUUUUUUUUUUUUUUUUUUAAGACAGAGAUCAUAAGACUACUGCAGAAAAAUGUCUUUAUUUGCCUUGUUUGAUAGGCUCGCUGCAAUAGGCGGGUUACGUGAUCGGGAGUGGAAUGGGUCUUUGUGUAGCGUAGGAACAGCUUAUUUCCCUAUGGGACAGCAGUCCUUCACUUUGACUGAUGUUCCCAUUGUAGCUCUGCUCCAAGCACUCAUCUGCAAUCUCUGCUCGGAAGGAUCAGUUCUCCUCCUUUGGCCACUAUUUCCUGCAGUUAAAGACUCUCUAGUUGGUGUUUUCUGCCGAUGGGGAGACAUGAAGUCGUAUGACUUGUGGAAGGAGCAGAGAUAACAGCAAGCACCCAUCUGUUCUUCUUUUCCAUCCCUUCGGGAUGUCCGGGUGUCCCCUGGUUAGAAUUCUUCUCCAGAUAAGAUAGUGGAGGUGUCACUGUGGGGCAGUCAGGCCAGAAAACAAUAGCGGGUUGAGUCCUAAAAACAAGAUUGAUCAGUGAGUACAUCUCUGUUGUCAAUAAGGGGCAGAGCUGCUCUGUGGAGGUCAAGGCUGGAGCUGUACCCCACAUCCCUUCAGCUUCUUCCUCUGAUAAACUUCCAGGGGAGCUACCACACUUGCUCUUCAGAAAGCUUGGGGUCAGAAGCUGCAUCGAGAAGGCGGCUGCAAGAGCCACAGCGUGCGCAAGGGCUUUCAAGCCUCUGUUACUUGAGUGGUAACUGCUCCUUGGCUGAGUGGGAUGUUCCAGUACUUGUUUUUCUGUAUCUGCUUCAUCAUCCAGUUGCAGCCAGUGUCUUCGAUGGCCCUGGACCCCUGCUCUGCCUACAUCAGCCUGAAUGAACCCUGGAGGAACACGGAUCAUCAGAUAAACGGUUCCCACGGCCAGCCAACGUGCGACAGUCAGAUCAACGGGGAGUGGUACCGCUUCACUGGCAUGGCUGGCGAUGCUAUGCCUACCUUCUGCAUCCCGGAGAACCACUGCGGCACCCAUGCGCCCAUUUGGCUGAACGGCAGCCACCCGCGAGAGUCGGAUGGCAUCGUCCCGCGCCAAGCCUGUGCCAGCUUCAAUGGGAACUGCUGCCUUUGGAAUACCACGAUUGACGUCAAGGCGUGUCCGGGCGGGUACUACGUGUAUCACUUAAGCAAGCCUAGCGUUUGUUUCCAUGCAUACUGUGGACAUUUUUAUGACAUCUGUGAUGUGGUGGAUUGCCAGGGCUCCUGCCUGGACACCAGUGACUGCACGUGUUCUCUGGGGACAACGCUAGGACCUGAUGGACAGACAUGCCUUGAUGAAAAUGAAUGCGAGCAGAACAACGGAGGCUGCAGCGAGUUUUGUGUUAACCUGAAGAACUCCUACCGCUGUGAGUGCGGGAUCGGGCGCACGCUGGGAACCGACGGGAAAACCUGUGAAGAAAUCGAAGGCUGUCACAAUAACAAUGGAGGCUGCAGCCAUACCUGUAUUGAAGUGGAAGACACGUACCAAUGCGAAUGUCCGAGAGGACUUGUUCUGUCAGAAGACAACCACACUUGCCAAGUUCCAGUGCUGUGCAAGUCCAGCUCUAUCGAAGUGAGCAUCCCAAAGGACCUGGUUGGAGGCCUGGACCUUUCCCUCAUCAACACUUCCUGCAAAGGAGUAUCCAAUGGCACUCAUGUCAACAUCCAUUUCUCCUUGAAGUCCUGCGGCACUGUUGUAGAUGUAAUAAAUGAUAAAAUCAUUGCCACCAAUCUGGUGACCGGCUUGCCAAAGCAGACUCCAGGAAGCAAUGGAGACAUCAUUGUCCGCACCAGCAAGCUGCUGAUCCCAGUGACCUGUGAGUUCCCACGCCGGUACACCAUCUCCGAAGGUUAUGUGCCCAACCUCAAGAACUCACCCUUGGAAAUCAUGAGCCGCAACCAGGGCAUCUUUCCCUUCACCCUUGAGAUCUUCAAAGACAAAGACUUUGAUGAACCCUACAGGGGUGCUCUUCCCACCCUCAAGCUUCGGGACUCUCUGUAUUUCGGGAUCGAACCCUUGGUACAUGUCAAUGGACUAGAGACACUGGUAGAGAGCUGCUUUGCCACUCCCACUGCAAAAAUCGAUGAGAUCCUGAAGUACUACCUGAUUCAAGAUGGCUGUGUUUCUGAUGAUUCGGUGAAACAGUACACGUCAAAGGACCAUCUUGCCAAGCAUUUCCAGGUUCCUGUGUUCAAGUUUGUGGGCAAAGACAACAAGGAGGUCUUCUUGCAUUGCCGCAUCCUCGUGUGCGGGGCGCUGGAUGAGAGCUCCCGCUGCGCCCAGGGCUGCCGGAGACGGGUGCGCAGGUUGGCCGCGACGGAGGAGGAGAAGGAGGAGGAAUCUGGUCACGUGGCAAACCACAUCCUGACAGGUGGCCCCAUCAGAAUCGACUUUGACGACUAACAGCCACCCGCUGGAACAGCAUCUCUGCCUGAGACCAACCUUCCCAUCAAUGCCUUCUUUCACGGUUGUGCGAGAAACGAGAGGUAUUUGGUAAAGCCCCACUAGAACCUCGGGACUGGUUUCCCUAACUGCGCGAUGAUUAUUUGUGAAGUAUGUUGGGCACACGAGGCAGCCCUCUGAGUGCAACCCGGACUGCAGAACAGUUUGGUUUUUACCUGUGUUUCUUCCCAACAGCCCUUCGGUUGAAGGGACCCUGUUGCUUCGCAGACCUGAAGCGUUACCCGACUUU